ACAGGGAUCUCACAUGCUGGGAGGUGGAGAAGGAGGAGUGAGCUGCUGCUAAAGCAGAGGCAACAGCUAAUUAAAACACUUCUGCAUUCUCAGUCUGUGACGUCCUUGGUUUCACCACCACAGCCACACUCCUCUGGGAGGCUCAGGGGCUGCUUGUUUGUUCUUGUGAUUGUUUUAUUCCAGACAGGACAACGCUGCUCACUGCUUCCCCUCACUGCUGCCAUGCUGGAGGAGGAUAAUGAUGAGAUCUGUUGGAAUAACCUGGAGAAUUUCCGUGUGAAGCUGAUCUCGGUGAUUGACCCGUCCCGGAUCACCCCGUACCUGCGGCAGUGCAAAGUGCUCAGCCCCGAUGAUGAGGAGCAGGUCCUCAAUGACCCCAGCCUGGUCAUGCGCAAGCGGAAGGCAGGUGUUCUCCUGGACAUUCUUCAGCGAACAGGACACAAAGGCUUUGAGGCGUUUAUGGAGAGUCUUGAGCUUUAUUAUCCCCAGCUGUAUAAGAAAAUAACUGGCAAAGAGCCCAGCAGGGUUUUUUCUAUGAUUAUAGACACGGCUGGCGAGUCUGGCCUGAGCCAGGUGCUGAUGAACGAGAUCAUGAAGCUGCAGAGCGCGGUGCAGGAGGAGCGGCGCAAGGCGCAGGAGCUGGCGGUGUGGCUGCACUCCAAGGAGGACACGCUCAGGGAGAUGUGGGUCAGGGACAGCCUGCUCAGAAAGCACCAGGAGCGCGCCCAGAGGAUGAAGGAGGAGAGGGACAGCCUGAGCAAGGAGCUGCGCAAGUGCAAGGACGAGAAUUACAGCCUGGCCCUGAGCUACGCCAAGCAGAGCGAGGAGAAGAGCGCCGCCCUCAUGAAGAACAGGGACCUGCUGCUGGAGAUUGAUCAGCUGAAGCACAGCCUCAUGAAGGCUGAGGAUGACUGCAAGCUGGAGAGGAAGCACACGAUGAAGCUGAAACACGCCAUAGAGCAGCGCCCCAGCCACGAGGUGGUGUGGGAGAUCCAGCAGGAGAAGGAGCUGCUCUUGGCCAAGAACCAGGAGCUGGAAAACACUCUCCAGGUUGCCAGGGAGCAGAACUUGGAGAAGAGCCUCUCCAAGGAAGCUCUGGAGAAUGACUGCAGCCAGACUGUGGAAGAACGCCGGGAGCUGCUGAACACCAUUUACAGCCUGCGCAAGGAGCUGCGCCGAGCCAAGGUGCUCCAAGACAAACAGUUUGCAGAGGAAAAAGAGGUGCUGGAGCUACAGUGCACAUCUCUGAGGAAGGACUCCCAGAUGUACAAAAAGCGGAUUGAAGCUGUUCUGCAGCAGAUGGAGGAAGUGGCUUCGGAGAGAGACCAGGCUCUCCUGACCCGAGAGCAGUUCCACAUGCAGUAUUCCAAGAACCUGGUGGAGAGAGACGCCUACCGCAAGCAGAUCCGGGAGCUGGGCGAGAGGUGUGACGAGAUGCAGCUGCAGCUCUUCCAGAAGGAGAGCCAGCUCCUGGCCACCGAGGCCAAGCUGAAAAGGCUGCAGCUGGAGCUGCCCACACUGACCUCUGACCUGGAUGACACUUCCUCCAGAGAUUCCCAGGAACUUGUUCUUCAGAGUCACCUGGAUGAAGAUACACAGACAGCUAAAAAAGAUUGCCUGGAAGUACAAAACAAGGAACUCAGCCCUCGAGUGAGCCAUCUACCCCCAAAAUCAUCAAGUGAGUGUGGCUUGGCCAACGAGGAACUGGCAGAAAAGGAGAGGAGGAGGAUGAAGGACUGCUUUGAGCGUUACCGAAGAAAAAGAGCAAUGAGAAGGGCGCCCAAAGACCGGCACCACGAGGCGGAUUGGGAGAACAGCUCUGGCAGCGACAACACCGACACCGAGGGCUCCUGAGAGGGACACACCAGAGUCCCUUGGAGAGGGACAGCACCGACACCAGAGUUUCCUCAGGAGCCAAUCUCUGAGGGAAACUCCAGCUUCUGUAGGGCGGCUGUGCCUCUCCAUUUCACUCACAACAGACUGCUUAGAUUUUAAAGCCGUCCAAACAGCCAUUUAUGAAAAUGCUACAGCGGCGCUGUUGCGUGGCUCUGACGCCCUCUCGGUUAAUAAACAGGUUUAAAAGUGA